CAAACCUGGAUUCUUCAAAGCCUCACCUCAGAGCCAGAGCUGCAGCAAGUGUCCACCUCACAGUUAUACCCAUGAAGAAGCUUCGACCUCUUGUCUCUGUGAAAAGGACUAUUUCAGGAGGGAGUCUGACCCACCUACAAUGGCAUGUACAAGACCCCCCUCAGCUCCUCGGAAUGCCAUCUCAAAUGUUAACGAAACUAGUGUCUUUCUGGAAUGGAUUCCUCCUGCUGACACUGGUGGAAGGAAAGAUGUGUCAUAUUAUAUUGCAUGCAAGAAGUGCAACUCCCAUGCAGGUGUGUGUGAGGAGUGUGGCAGUCAUGUCAGGUACCUCCCCCGUCAAAUCGGCCUGAAAAACACCUCUGUCAUGAUGGUGGAUCUCCUCGCUCACACAAACUAUACCUUUGAGAUUGAGGCAGUGAAUGGAGUAUCCGACUUGAGCCCAGGAAUCCGGCAAUAUGUCUCUGUAAAUGUAACCACAAAUCAAGCAGGUUUCAGCUUUCUUGGGUUAAACAUAUAUCAGAAUAUCAGCUCUAAUCGCUACUUUUUGGUUCAGGGAACAAGUUUGAUCAAGCGCCAGGGCAAACGUCACAUUAUAGCUCUGGACAACCAGGUUUUGAUGAAGCCCAUUGGGAUUCAGUUGGAGCUACUUGACUGUGCCUUUAAAACGAAAACACUCUGCCUCUCACUGAUUGGCCAAUAUUAG